AUGAAUGCUAACGGUUUCUUCUUCUUUAAGUUUGCGGAUCAAGUAGGUAUGCAAAAAGUUCUUACUGCGGGGCCAUGGAUUAUUCGGUCACAGCCUUUGUUCUUAGAAGUUUGGUCGCUGUCAAUAAAGCUUGAGAAGAGAGAAGUGAAAAAGGUUCAGGUUUGGGUUAAGUUUCAUGAGGUUCCUCUAGCGACAUAUACGGAGGAUGGGUUAAGUUUAAUUGCAACAACUAUUGGCGAGCCAAAAGCUUUGGAUUCGUUUACCACCUCAAUGUGUGUUGAUAUGUGGGGUAGGAGUAGUUUUGCUCGUGCUCUGGUUGAAAUUUCAGCUGAUACCGAUCUCAAGGAGGAGCUAACUAUUGCGGUCCCUUGUCUUGAUGGGGAUGGGUUUGUAAAGGAGAAGAUCUAUGUUGAUUAUGAAUGGUGUCCUCAUAGGUGUGGCCGAUGUUGUGUGUUUGGCCACAAUGCAGAUAGCUGCCCUUUGCAAUCUUCUAAAGUGUCUAAAGACAAACCUCAACAGAGCAAGUUUCCUGGUUAUGACAAGAAGAUGAAGCAGCCGAUUCAGGAUGGUGGGCCUUCAAAGCGGCAACCUAUUGUGGAUGAAGAUGGGUACACUACUGUGCAAGCCGAAGGGUAUAAACAAGGUAAUGAAACCGUGGAAAACUUUGUAUCAUCUAACCCGUUUGAUGUGCUGAAUGAUACGGUUCCGGAUAACAACGUUGGGAGUUCGAAGGGACGGGAUGGUGGAGUUCAGGAUUCGGAUGAUGAAGAGGUAAUUGAAGGUUACAAUGAAAUGGAUGAAUUUAUGAUGGAAGGCACUCGUAAGGCAGGCAAUACAGGGGCAAGCACUCCUGAUCCAUUGGUGUCCAAUGGGUGGAACCCGGAGUUGUUUGAUGUCUUGGUCUUGGCUCAAUCGUCCCAAGUUAUUCAUUUACAGCUUAUGUUUAAAGAUGACAAAAGGAUUCUAUUCUGUUCAGUUGUAUAUGCGGAUAACUACUAUGUCACUAGAAGGGAUCUUUGGGCUCAAUUAUCGUUGCAUAAGCAUAUGGUUGCGGACAAACCAUGGAUAAUCAUGGGUGACUUUAACUCAGCUCUCUUUUUAGAGGAUAAAUCUAUGGGCACGUCUGCUAUUUCAGUGGGUAUGCGUGAUUUUUAG